GGCAGGACCGCUUCCCCACGCGCCGCGCCGAAUGCCAUGCAGUUCGUGCCACCAGGUGGCGACGCGCUCCUGUCGCCAAACGGCGUGCCACCGGGCGGCCAGCCGCCAUCUUCCAUGACCCCGCCGAUGCACGUAGGUCAGCAGCUGACGCCGCCGAUACACAGUGCACCGUCGUACAGCAUGCAGAUGGACGGACGGCACUUCAACUUCGAGACGGCGCAGAACUACCAGAUGUACAAUCAACAUCCGGGCAUGGACGCGAGAGGGAACGGCCGCAUGCAGCCGACGUCGCAGGCUGGGCCGCUGGCGUCGACGUCCGAGUACGUGAGGCAGGAGCUGAGAGCCCUCUGCAACAACCGCACGCAGCAGCAGGCCCAGUACAGCCAGCAGACGCAGGGCGCGCCGCCGACUCCCGGCGGGCCGCACACGCCCACGCAGCAGCACGAAGGAGGGCCGCCCACCCCGCGGCAGCAGCAGCAGCAGCAGCAUCCGGGCGCGCACCCGCACGCGCAGCAGCAGCAGCAGCAGGGGCAGGCGCAUGUGCAUGGUUCUGGCCCGCCCACGCCCCGCACUCCGCUCACGCCCACCCAGCCACAGUUCCAGCAGCAGCAGCAGCAUCAGAAUGACCUUGCCGACCUUGACAGCCUUCUGCAGGACCUUGCGGAUCCGUUCGGAGACGCGGCCGCACCGACCUCUGCUUCGUCCUCCGUGUCCUCGGCAGAGGGCAGUGCAGUGCAGCAUGUGAGAUGCGAGGCCAAGCAAAGAUACGCUCAGUUCAAGCAACUUUCAAUAUCGAAAAUGGAUGACCUGCCGGAAGUGAAGGCGACCAAUUUGUUUCGCAACCAGUUGCUGUGCUCGCCGCCGCCAACCACCACCAGCUCUGCGGGCAUGUCGAAGAUGAGCGCUCGCUCGAUGAGCGAGUCUGGCAUGCCCACUGUCAGGGUUCAGGGGCCUUCCAGUCCACGGCCCGUGCCGGAUCACAAACACCAGCAGGAGAAGAAGAGCUUGUUGCAGAAGUUACUCAGCGAGUGAGAGAGCACGCGCGCCGCCGCCGCCGCCGCCGCCACCGCCGCACAUACGAGCGAGCUAGAGAGCGGGCGCACGGACAGAUGUGAGUGCACGCCCGCUCGCUCGCCAGCUGUCGUACAGCGGGAGGACGAGAGGAAUCGUCCGAGACGGCGGCGUGUGGUCCCCGUGUCGGCGAGCGACCGCGGUGGAGGCUAGGGGGGCGCUGCGAGAGAGGUGGGCGGACCGUGGCGCGGUGAACAGACCCCUGCCGCCGGCUCCGCCUGGUGGUCGCCGUCCGAGAUGCCGGCCAGUGUGGCGUGGCCGAGGAGAGCUGCGACUGACCGUGCUGCUCUGCGUGUUGAUUGGAGAACCCAGCGAUACUGUAUGGUACCGGGAGCAGCCCGAUACUGUUCGGUACCAUGGGCUGCCCAAUACUGUACGGUACCGUGGGCAGCCCGAUACUGUUCGGUACCGUGGGCAGACCGAUACUCUUUGGUACCGUGGGCAGCCCGAUACUGUUCAGUACUGUGAGCAGCCCGAUACUGUACGGUACCGUUGGGAGAGAAAAGCCGGCCAGUACCAAAUUGCUGGCAGGUUCUACACACAGAGACAGCACUGCAACAAGUUUUCACCAACGCUGCGUGGCCGUGGAUCCUAGGGACGACCGCCUCUGAGCUGACCAAUGCUUUGUGGCCUAGUGCUCUCCAUUACUGCCCCAUCACCGCAAGGCCAAGGCCUCACCAUCACUGCCUGUUAUUGCGCACAGUGGCCAGUACUUAGCACGUCUUAUUUUGGGGGGCUCCGAUCAGACCUGAUAUGAAAAACAACAAUAUGUAGGUGGAUGCGUUUUACACUUGUAUUUUACGUUUAUAUUUACUAAGUUUGUAACGAGAUUUCGCAGUGAGAGAGCAGAGAAAGAGGUGAGGGGGUGGAUGGGAUGGUGUAAGAGAUUGGCAGAGAACGAGAUAUUGGGGUGGAGAGAGACAGAGAGAGAGAGAGCGAGAGAGAGAGAGAGAGAGAGAGAAGAAAGAAAAAGAAAGCAAUAGAAAAAAAAAGAGAAAGACAUCUUCACGUCUGGGUCAUGCAAAUGUAUUUCAAGCAGUCAUCUUCCGAUAGUACAUUGAGAACGUUUGCACACACACACGGGGUUCAUUUCACGUGUGUGUGCGCGUGCGUGCGUGCGUGCGUGCGUGCGUGCGUGCGUGCGUGUGUGUGCACGCGGCACGUAGCAACGAGCUUGGGGCUGAUUUCACGGCCGUGUUUCCUUUCCGUAGGGAAUUUCUAUGUCGUGGUUAGGUAAUCCUGUGUGGCCGCAGCAGCCGCCGCGUUUUAUCUGUCCAUACUCUGUCGUCGUCGAUGUGUAGAGGUGUGUGCCGUGUUUGUUUCACGCGCGGCCUCGGGCUGUGUGAAGACCGAGAGCGAGCGAGUGAGGCGGGGCAGCCACGCUGCCUUCCCAACCCUCCUUUAACCCUUUGUCAUUCUCGUGCGACAACUUCCCUGUGACAGGUGUCAGGUGACAGUACGCAGGUGUCACUAGACGACACUGCACGCACAUCUCUCCGCGGUUUAGAGAGCGGAAGUACUUUUCUCGUGCGCGGGUGGUUUUACCGGCGCCGUGUCCAUUGUUAGGUGUUACUAGCUCCGCUUAGCUUCUGCCUUCGUCGACGUUGCUGUGAGAGUCGCUGUAGUAGUGGUAGAGGCCUCUGUGUGGCUGCCUCGAACGCCACGCGGCAGCCUAGGUUUUACGUUGUGCCCAGCGCUGCACUUUUAACACCCUACUCUGGCGGCGUACAACGAAUGUCAGGCAUGCCGCUUUCGAUGAACACUAGUUGUGUAUUCUGUUCACUAGAGGGCAGCAUCACAUAGCCGGCACAACCGUAAAAGUCACGCCCCCUAUCAAUUUUAGACCGGUGCGUCGUUGCUAGUACAUUACACAGACACCCGCCCAACCCCCCACCCCCACCCCCCACUCACCACCACCUCUACUGCCUCUCCUUCAUGCACUUGCUUAAUGUGGCACCCCCUACUGGCUGGUGCAAUCACACAGGCGUGCAUCGUCUUUUCUUCAUCUGAUGGCCUGAUCGGUGAUGGUUACAGAUCAUGAUAUACAUAAUGUGAGCAACUCUACUCAGGGGCUGUGACGCAGUUUUGCUGUUCAAACACAAUAUUAACUAUCUUAUCAUCGGCGACAUACGCCAUGCAUCCAGUACAUUUUGAAGCUUGCGUGCGUGCGUGCGUGCGUGCGCGUGUGUGUAAAUACUACUAUUUCGUAUAUCGUGUUGUGUGCAUGUACAUAGCAAUAUGAGUGAGGGAGGGUCAGCAUUUGUCGUGCGAGAACCGCAGUGCGUGGUGUGCAUGGCACACGACACGCGUGGAGCAGUGAUAUGGGCACGCACGCGCGUUCUUGAAAACGGUGGUCGUGUUUGGGGGCGGAUUCCAGUGUAGAGACACGUGCGUGCGUGUCGGUGUCACCGUGGUUCCGGGUUUUGCGGUGGGCGUAACUACAGCCGUUUCUGCCACCAUUUUGAGGGAGUUUGCAACACAGCUGCUCACUUGUUGCGUGAUCCUGACGCCGGGGCCCCUGUUGCGUAUCGGUUUUAAAUGAUGAGAAACGGUCUCUACUCAACGCAAUCAUUGCGGUGCGAGACCGCAGUAAGAUGGGUAUAUAAAUGACAUUUAUAACAAUGUAAUAGUCAUUGUAUUUGAUAGAGAAAAAUAUCGCUAUACUGGAGUGUGUGUGAAAGUAAUAUAAGUGGAGGCAAACGUUUCGGUGUAAAUCGGUGGUUUCGCACAUCCAUCGAGGAAAAUGGGGCGUAGUGUACAUGGUGAGUUCUAGACGGCACCAUAUUUGUGUACAUGUUUAUUUUUGCCCUCAAAGAAACCUUACAGAAACUUCUUGUGAUUUGUUUCCAGUGAUGAAAUUGGUUGAAAAAUGUGUAAAUACCAUAUUACGUAUGAAGUACUUUAUACAUGAAUAUAUACUAGCCGUGUUAAGGUUUAUGGAAGCUACAUAUAUAUCGUGUGCAGACAACUCAUUCCUUCUGUUGUUGUUUAGAGCAAACUUGUGUUGUUGCCAAGCAUGUUACCAUGGCAACAGCUGCAGCAGAUGCUCUUGAGCUUUUGACGAAUACUGUUUUUGUUUUCAUUUUCGUUUGUGCAAUACAAAUUCUAUUAUAAAUUCUUAGGUGAUAUAUAACAUCCAAAGUUUUUUUAGGCGUUGGAUGUAAUGGAAUGUGUAAACUCAUUAAAAAUAUGCCGGUUCUGCUUUGAUUACAUUAUUGUGAAUCCUUUUACAAGACAAACUUUUAGAAAUUGGAACAAAAUAAUGUUCUCCCAUACCAGUGUGGGUUUUAUUAUACGUUUGGCAUGUAGCAGGUACAUGCUGGAUUAUCGCGAGGUAUUCUAUGACAUCAUCCCGUAUAUACGAGAAAGAGAGCGCGCGCGCUAUUGUUGUGUUUUUAAUGCAGAGCUGUGCCGGUUUUCACUACAGUGCUAUUAUCGAUUUUGUGUUAUUUUUCAUUUUUAGUUAGUACUACUGUAAUGUAAUGCUAAUGUAGCACAUUAUACGUUUAUAGUGUGCGAUUUGGUUUUCCCAGUCAACAGCUGAAGGCAGGCCAAGAUGUAGAAUAAAAAAGAUUGGAAAUCUGUAUGGUUUAUGUAAGCAUAUGUGUUCGUGUACACACACACACACAUAUAUAUAUAUAUAUAUAUAUAUAUAUGUAUACGACAUAUAUAGGUAUAUAGUCAAGAAAACCUAGAAUGGAGAACAGAAUAAUAUGAGUGAGGAUGGCAUGCAACGUGUGGCAUGGUUUCCUGUUGUUGCGUCGCAGCCAGCAGCAGCAGCACACAUGAUAUAAUAACUACUGACAAUGUCGUCUCAGUGUAGCUGUGUAUUCCUAUCCACGUCUUGUGUUAAAUUCUUUCAAGGUUAUGGAUGAAGAUGAAUCGGUGGAUGAUGGGUCGUGUUGGCAACAAGAUCAUGUGUAUUCUAUUCUGUUCGCUGUAUUAUGUUGUCUUGAUAAUAUAUAUUCUGCUCCCUGUAAGUGGUUAAAAUACUCGAUCAGCCUCAAAUGUUGCAUCAACCAGAGUUUGCGUGCGUGUGUAAGUGUGUGCGUGCGUGCGUGCGCGUGCGUGUGUGAGUGAGUGCGCAAGAGCACGGCCAGUGGCUGUUAUUACCUGCUUGCGUGGAGACAGCGGAAAUGGCGAUAGCUUAUGGGUGUAGUAAUAUUAUUGUAUAGCUGGAGCAUUGUGACUAGUAGGCGGUCAAGGCAAUGGACGAAGGCCCGAAACACAAGGACUUGUUUCUCCCAAGAAUUUCUUUUCCCUCUGUAUGAUUUUUUGCCUAGAGAUUAUGCGCAUCUGCCUGCCAUUGAAGACGAUUCUGUGGUUCCAUCGCACCUGGAUGUAAAUACUAGAAGGUUUUUGAAUUAGUACGCCCUGCUAAACGCUUUAAAUAGGAUGUCAGCGGCUACUCGGUCUGUGUUAUACCCAUUGUAUGGAUUUGCUCAAUUGUCCUGUACAGGCGGCCGCUGUGGGUUUGUGUACCAACGCCCUCUAUGGGCUUGGACCAGAAGCUCCACAGGUGUGUUUAUAGAGAUGUAAUAUUUUAGUAAAUAUAUGUUUAAUUUGGAGAGGUGUUGCACUUUAGAAAUUUGGGUAUUGUGUUAAAAUACUGACAGGAAAUAAAGAUUUAUGAUAUUAGUA